UGUCAGUGGUGAAGAUUGUACAGUGUGAGGCAGCUGUUUAUAAUUAGCUGUUCCCUGUUUAUUAUUAACAUUACUAUUAGCUGUUACAGUCACUAAAAUCUCUCCUUGAAACACAAGAGAAAACAUGUCCAUGUGCCUCUAACACUGCUGGGGGGAUAUGAGCCUGAACAUGCUCUCACUAUACAGUGUGACUAAUUCUCUGCUCAUUGUCACGUAAACAUUCAUGUACAAAAAAAAGACUUCCUUUUCCUUUAUCUGUGUGAGAAGACUUGAAGGCGGGAACAGAAAACAGGUUUCACUUUCAAAUAGGCCUGACGGUAAAGGUUUUCCCAUCUCUACAAUGUGAACAUGUCGCUCUUGGUGGUUCUGUUUAACUCUGGUGACAUUUGAAUAUAUUUUCCCCAGGGCUUUUAGGAAGAAGAAAGAGACGCGGAGGAAAUGGCUGAUCGCCUGAGGGGUAUAAGGAAACUGUUUGUGGAAGGUGUGAACACGUCUGUGAUUAAGGAACUGCUGGACAGUCUUUGUGAAGAUGAAAUCAUUAAGGAUUGUGAGAAAGAAAUGGUCACUGAAAAUACGUCAGUCACGCGGGAUCAAGCUCGAUGUCUCAUUGACAUGAUUAUAAAGAAAGGGGACAAGGCUUCAGAGAAAUUUCUACAGGCGCUUCAAAAGGAAGAUCCGACUCUUAGUACUAAGAUUGGACUGAAGCAAUAAAUUGCUGGGGAGGGGAUUAGGCUAAUAUAGAUGAGUGGUACCGGGAGAUCCAUUGAAGGUCUUUUUUUUUCAACCCAAAUUAUCUAUGCAGCUAUCUGUGCUCUCCAGGGUGAGGUAGGAAGGCUAUUUGCUCUGGGAAAAGAAAGCAAAUAGUAUAUUAUAAACCAGGGAUCCCAAUCUGCAGCCCACCUAUCUAGUGUUGUUAAACUACAACUUCCAAUGGCACCCCCAAGCGAAUAUGUGUGGCACCACUACAGAAGGGGGGUGGGUAAAGACAUGCAGACAUUGGGGGGACAAGGACCUGAACUAAGGGUAAGUGACAGAAGAGCUCUGUGCCCAACUCCCCCACCACCAUUGUAGGCACAUGUCUCUUCUGCUUAACCCUUACUUCUGGCCCUGGGAGGGUCACAGGUUGAGUGUAAUUCAUCCCUAUAAUUUCCCUGCCUCCCAGAUGGGGGCCAAAGCAUUCUUCAAUUUUCUGCAUUGUUUUAAAAGGGACCAACAUUGUAUCAUGUAGCACAAUCCCUAAAUGGAAAUCAAAAUAAAGUUUUCAUUUUUAUGUGUAA